UGCGUUUCGCACAGUCGAGUUGUUUAAUAUCGCGAGUGAUUUCGCGGACCAUCUCCUCGGACUUUUCCGCUUUCUCUUUGAUAGUCUUAAUGUGGCUGAAUAACUGUUUGAUGACUCUUUGGGCUUCGUCGAGGGACUGGCGCCCCUCUUGACUGGCCGUGAUUUGGCCACGGACCACCGUGCUUAUCUCAUUGUCGAUCGACUGGAUUUUAUUUUCCAUCCGAGUGACGACUUCAUCGAUAUUUGAGAGGGACUGUUCCGUGGGGAACAGCGAGUUGAUAUAGUCAAUACUGUUGAAAUCGGGCUCGUCUAGAGGGUCCUUACUGGGUAAAACCUCGGAAAUCGCCUUCUGGACCUCGGGGGUGAAGUUAAUGAACAAAUCGGGGCUCUCGUCCUCGAGAAUUUCUUCCAUUUUGAGGUUAGGUUUACUGUCACCACAAACGACACAACAGACUUCUAGUACAUUGUCACAGCCCCCGUUCGCACACUAACAACACAACGAAGCACCACCAAUACUGACACUUACCCGUUAUUAUCUAUUUUAGGAUUAAUAAAUUUUUUUUAAAUGUUUGAGGUUAGUGACAUCUGUCACUUGUCAAAUUAAUCACAGUUGGGGUCAUUGAACUCUGAUAAAAAAUGUCAAUAAAAGCCGAUUUUAAACAAUUAUUGAAGCCUUAUUACCUCUUCAACAUCAUAUUAAGUCUCUCUUACGUCAUUUUGAAGCGUACACCCGGCGUUUGCAAUUAUUUGUUCCACGUGGAAGAAUGCGAAUUCGAUGGGCGCGAAACCGAAAUACUCUUCUUUCUCAUCAUUGUAAUUAUGAUCAGGACCCGAAAAUCCGGUAGUGUGUCAAUGAUCAAUUAUUUAUCGUCCAGUUUCGUCUACACUAAAAUAGCGAAUUUGAUUUUGUGGUUCAAUGCUGAUUUUUUGAUGGGUAUCAUCUACGGAAUCAUUUUUAUCUUGGGGGCGUUGCUAUUUCCUGAACCCACCUACUCCGGCCCUGACAAUGUCAUUUAUUUCCGGGGGCUGCAAGGCUUGGAUGAGGAGUUGUCACGAAGUCGGGAUGGCUACUGGUUGGUGACUUUUUACACCGUUUGGAACCCCGCUUGUGUGAAUUUCGCCCCGAUUUUCGCAAAAUUAAGCACCGAGUAUGUUUUGGAGAACCUCAAAUUUGGGAAAAUCGAUGUGGGGCGAUACCCCGAUGCCGCACAGAAGUAUCACGUAAAUGAUAGUAGUUUAAGUAAGCAGUUGCCCACGACAAUUCUAUUUAAAGAAGGAAAAGAGGUGGUGAGGAGGCCGGCUAUUGAUUCAAAAGGCAACAUCAUGAAAUUCUUUUUCUCAAGUGAGAACAUUAAAGGGGCUUUCAAUCUCAAUAAUCUGUACGAGGAGUGCAAGAGUGCGAUUAAAAACAAGAAAAAACACGUGAAGAACGAAUAAUUGUUGAUUUAUUUAUGUUUCUAGUGCCAUAGUAAUAAAUUGUUAAUAAGACAACA